CCUAAACCUAAAAUUUAAUUUUACAAAAGUGUAUCCUUGUCAUCCACUAUAAGAAUGAAAAGGAGAGACUGAUAUUUUUAGUUUUAAGUUUCGAGAAUCAUGCCAGAAUCGACACCAUUGGUGUUGAUUCUCUAAAUUUAAAAUUAAAUAUAACAAUAGUCUCUCCUUUUCACUCUUUACAGAGAAUGACAGUGAUGCACUGUUGUCAAAUUUUUCAAAAUCGACACCAAUGUAUGGUAUGAGUAUGUUGGUUGAUGAAUUGUGGUGACGAAUGAGGAAAAAAAACCUGGAAAUUAAAUUAUAUACCUACUUAUAAAUUUUACAUAGUGAUUAACUGUUUUUAAAACAAGCCACGUAAAAUGUAGUAAGGAAAGUGGUAGUAAUUAUCAUAAAUUAUGACCCUAAAUAUCUCAGUGUGAUCUUAGUUCUUUUGAACUUUCUAUUAAAUAUUGUGUUGAAUUUCCCUGUAAGUGAUUAUCAUAAAACAACAUCACUAACAAUACACGAGGAGUGGAGCCCUGUCCCUGCUUGCAGUAUUGUUAUUGUUAUUGUUAUUGAAGUACUUUUAUGGCAAUUGGACUGCAAACACAUUUAUUGUAGUAGGUAUUAAUAAGUGGGAAUUCCCAAUAGUUAUGUCGGGUUUGGAUGGAUCAAUUGAGUAUGGCUAAAUCAAGAGUAUUUGUAUGGUGGCUUAUAUGGUGCGUGGCCGCAACUACAGAGCUAGUGCUUGGCAAUCUGAUGUGUCCAACUGAUGUUGGCUCUCGAUGUAUACUGAAAAGCUCUUCUACUAAUGAAUAUUUCUUUAAUGUUAAUGGUUUUGAUGAAAUGUACGAAAUUAACGUGGGGAACAGUUUCCGGAUGUCAUGUGCCAAAACUCCCCUCAAUGACGCAGCCUGGCCGCAAUUUUCAACUGAAACUGUAUUUCGUAGAGUAUAUCUGAAACACUGCGCGCCGCCAUCGCCGCCCGCUACUUAUACGACUGCUUUGCGACGUCUCAAUGUGACCGUGAUCGAUAAGCUCGUAUUAGAUCCAUUACCGGCGGGAACGCGAGUCACGCGCACCUCGCUCGUCGACCUGCCGCGUACAGUCAGCACAUUGGAAAUAUAUGCUGGAGUGCAAUCACCGCCUCUCCCUAUGGACUCGGAUUUGUUCGAUGCGCUCGAUCAACUGCGAGCACUUAAGCUGUUUGGCGUGAAACCCGGUCGUAUGCCGCCGCGUCUCGAGCAGCUGACGAUUCGCAAAACCGGCCUGCUCCGACUGCCCGAACCUCUCGAAUACCUGGAGACACUAGAAUUCAGCGAUAGUAAUCUGGAAGUUGAAGCUCAGAUGGAGAAAUUGACGAGGCUUCAAUCGUUGACCCUGACGGUGCCGCUAUCGGCGGUUCCGGCUCUGCCGCCGAGGGUGAAGAAAGUGAGUCUAAUGACGAUCAAGGAUCGGUCGCCGGCGCCGUUCCGGCAGUGCGCGCAUCUGGAGUCCCUGACGAUGGUACACGUGAAGGUGUCGCGGCUGCCGGCGGCGUGGGUGGCGGAGUGUCCUGUGCUGUGCAACUUGACCCUGAACUGGCUGAUGGAUCUGACGGAGCUGCCGGCCGGCUUUCUGAACGGCACCAACGAGCUCCAAAGGCUCCAGAUCAAGAAUAGUCAACUCAAGACGCUCCCGGCGGACCUCUUUAAAUACUCUCUGCGCUUGAGGGAGAUCGACCUGUCGUCCAACAUGCUGGAGUCUCUUCCUAACGAGUUGUUCGUGCUUGUGGCGUCGCGCCUGCAGUCGCUGGACCUGUCCGACAACCGGCUGCACGCCGUGUGCGACGCCGUCGAGCAUCUCGCCGCGCUGCGUACGCUCAUUCUGUCGGAAAACCCGCUGCUCGACCUCUGCCCUUCGUCGAAUAACGAUUUAUUAUACAAGGAGAGGUCGUGCCUGAAGGAGGCGCGUGACCUGGAGCUGCUGGAAUUGAGCAAAGUGGGUGCCACCCGUAUCUGCGCCGACUGGCUGCGGGACAUGCAUUAUCUGGCACGCCUCGACCUUACCGGCAACAACAUCACCACCUUGUGGCUCAGCGACCUGAACAGUUUGAAACGCAACCAGAACUCGGUGAUAGACCUGUCGAGGAACAACGUGAGCACCCUCGACGCCAACGAGAGGGACUACAACAUUAGCCUUUAUGAGAUGCAAAACGAUAAGCCGCUGCAGGUGAUGCUGACCUCGGAGUUCUCGUGCGACUGCUCCUCGUACUGGUUCUGGCGGGCGGCGCGCGACCGGCGCGUGCCCGUGGGCGCGCUCUGCGCCGGCGGCACGCCGCUCACCGAGGUGCCGGCCACGCGGCUGGUGUGCGAGCUGCCGGCGCCCGAGUGUGGCGGCGCGGGCGCGGCGCUGUGUCGCUGCUGGAGCGUGCCGCACGCGGGGGGGGUCCGCGCCGUGUGUCCCCACCCGGCCCCGCCCGCCCUGCUGCGCCGCGCCGACCUGCGCGCGCUGGUGCUCACAGGCGCCGGCCUCCGCGCGCUGCCCGCCCGCCUGCCGCCCCGCCUCGACUACCUGGACGUGAACAACAACUCGAUAUCGCGCGCGACCGCGGAGGAGGGCGCGGCUCUGUUCCGGAGCGCUCGGCGCGUGCGACUCACCAAUAACCCGCUCGCCUGCGACUGUAACCCGCACUCUAUCCUGCCCAUACUGCGCGCCCACACCGACCAGGUGGAAAACUUGAACAUGACGCUAUGCUCGGACGGGCGCAGUGUACUGGAGGCGCUGGCGCAGGAAUGUGAGGACGCUCGUGGCGGCGCGGGCUCGCGGCCCACCAGGAGCACCGGCGCGCUGGCGGCUCUGCUGGUGGCCGCGGCCGCCGCCGCCGCUGUGGCCUUGACGGUCAUACUCUCGCGGCCGGAACUCAGGAUGCAAAUCAAGGCUUGGUUGCACGCGCGCGGUUGUCGCGGGUGUUGGAUAUCGCGGAAGCGCGAGGCCGGAGACGACGGCCGGAUAUUCGACGUGUUCGUGUCGUACGCGCCGCACGACGAGCGGUUCGUGGCCGAGAGCAUCGUGCCCUUCCUGGAGAAGCACGGGUACGCGGUGUGCGUGAAGUACCGCGAGUGGCCGCCGGGCGCGUGGAUCCCCACCCAGAUAGAGCUGUCCGUGCACGCGUCGCGCCGCACGCUCUCCGUGUACAGCGCCGCGUGGGGAGCUGACGGCGACGCGUGGGCCGCCGCCGAGCUGCGGGCCGCGCACGCCGCCGCGCUGCGGGAGCGGCGCCCGCGGCUGGUGCUGCUGCUGCUGGCGCCGCUGCCGGAAGACCUGGCCAGCCUGGCGCGCGCGCACACCGUGCUGCACUGGUACCGCCGCGCUGCCACCCCCGCCCCCCCCGCCGCGUGCUGGGACCGCCUGCUCUACGCGCUCCCCCCGCCCGCCGACCGCGCCGACCCCGCCCCCGUCAAGUAUUGACGACGCGAUUGGAUCCCGCCCGACCGCCACUUUGUAAGGUGAUAUAUAGCAUAAAAAUCUGAGUCCACUAUGUUUUUAUAUCCGCCAUAUUGGAUUUAAAGUACCGUUCCUUUAUUUUUCGAGUUAUUCUCGGCAGGCCUCGAACUCGAACUCUUUAUUUGCAAACUGAGUGUUACAUGCGGUUCUUAAACAUAAUACAUGACGUCUUAUGACUCGGUCGCCUUGUACAGGUAUAACAAAUGAUAGAUAAUUAAACGUUUAUAUUAUUAUUAUGAUAUUAUAAAAUUGUAACAUGAUUAAUUUGGUUUGGGAGAUACCAUCGUUAUAACAUAAUUUAACAAAACAAUAACAAAUGAAAAAGUACAAAUUCAUUAAAUUUAUUAAAAUAUUCUUCAAUAGAAUAGAAGCAUUCAUCGGUUAAAUAUUUUUUUAAUUUUUUGUGAAAUAUUGGGAGUUCCCGUUCCUUAAGUUCGCUCCCUCGACUAUCCUCUUUGAAAAAUAUUAAGUGACCGUUGAUGUGAUGCGAUGUGUGUGUUGAAUAAUAAUCUCUCUCCCGUAUGUCAAGAGGGAUAUCGGGUGGAAAAUACUUUAGAUAUUUACUCCAUCCGGUAUCCCAGUUUUCUUUAGCCUUGUUUUUCAACCUUCUUGGUGUAGGCCUCCCUUAACGGACCAAAGAUCUGAUACCAUUUAUAAAGUUGCGAUAAAAAUCACAAUACUCACAAGAUAUCAUAGCCAUUUUUAUAUAUUUAGAUAUUUUUAUUAUUCACUCAGAUACAGUAUGUAAAUCACCUGUGUACGAGAUAAAUUACGCAAUUUUGUAAUAAAUUAAGGUUUAAAGCAAUUCACGUUAAAAACUGUAUCAUUUUCGACACACACUGCUCUACACUCAGUUUCUAAACGAAAUUAUUUUUGAAACUUAGUUGUAUUUAUUAAGCAAAAAACUUAUCAUUUAGAUGUAAUGUUAAAAAACCUUACAAAAAGCUUAUGUUUAUAAUCGAAUUUAUUGUAUAAUUUCGAUUGCUGACUGCUCUUGUGAUAAGUUGUUAUAAUUUAAUCCUGAAUCUUGUGUGUGCGUGUCGAAACUGUUAUUACAUUUAUGGAGCAUACGAGCAUAUCUGAUUAAUAAACUUAUUCGAUUAAAUAAAAUCGAUGAAAACGAUGUCAAAAUUAAUUGUAAAAAUAAAGUUAGAUUUCAUUUUCUUGGAUCAUUUUAUAAUUGCAAAGCACGCCAGUCAUCAUUAUAUUUUAAGUACUACUUUAAGUACAAAUUAAUUUAAUAAGUACAAUGGUGUUUAUUGUGGCAUGAUUCUCUAAACUUAAAACUAAAUUUGACAUCAGCCUCUCCUUGUCAUUCUGUAUAGAAAAUGACAAGGACACACUGUUAUCAAAUUUAAUUUUUGGUGUCAGAAUCGACACCAAUGAUUCACUCACUAUGCAUUUAUAAAAGACGCAUGUACCUAUUGCAAUUUCAAUUAUGUUAUUUUCCCCAUUUUUGUGUCAUUUUAUUUUAACUUUACGAUUAUCAUAUUUUUAGAAGUAGGUUGGGAUCAAACAUUUUCAGUCAUAGGUAGUUAUUAUCUAGAUAAUUGUUACAAUUAAAUAUAUAAGAUUUUAGCUUAAGAUGUUACUUAUAUAAUAAGUUUACUAAACACCUCGAGCCAUACAAUCACUCUGUGCCGUGGCCUCAUUAAGCCUUAGAUUAAAACAAAAAGGGAAGAUACGGCACUCGCAGCUCAAAAGUGAUCCGCUUAAAUUGUGGUGCAGGACCACAAUUCGCUUUAGUUACAACAUUUGAACACGCUGCAUGUGCACUUAAUAUAACAAUAUUGCGUAUAUUCUGUGUUAUGAAGAUAAAACAAUGCCUUCGAUGCUUUUAUAAAGUUCAAAAUCAAAUAACAUAUGCCUCGGCAACAAAAGGAAUACGCUGCGUUGAAGCGUAUAGUUCUGUCUCGCUCGCUCGAUUGAUGUUUAUAUACAGACGUGUACGUGGCGAGAGUUGCUCAUGUAGUUGAGUCGGAUCACAUUUUAUUUGAUGCUAGUAUGAGCGUACCGUAUCUACCCUUAUUAGGGUUCCGUCCCUCAAAGGGAAAAAAACGGAACCCUUAUAGGAUCACAUUGUUUUCCGUCCGUCCGUUUGUCAAGACCGUUUUUCUCAGGAACGCAUGGAGGUAUCAAACUGAAAUUCAUAUAUAAUACUCAGACGUACUUUCCCUUGGACCUGUGAAUAAAUUCAAACUUCUAAGCCAAAGCAAUCAAAAGAUAAGGACAGCCGUUUAUGCCGCAAAUUUCCGUAAAUUUUCUAAACUCGCACGGGAAUGAAAACCUACACGGUAAACUUAGAAUCUUGAAAUUUGGUACGAAGUAACAUCUUAUAGUACAGAUAAAGGGAAAAUUGCGACAACCGUAAAUUUUUAGUUACAUCAUAUAAUAAAAAAUAUUUUUGAAAAUUUUAAAGUUACUACCUCUUUUCUCAUGAGCGCAUAGAGGUUUAAAAUUGAGUUUAUACGGAACCCUCGGUGCGCAAGUCCGACUCGCACUUGGCCGGUUUUUGUUUUAAUCUAAGCAUUAAGCGCGUUCUAUUGUCUGUAUCUGUACCACGGCAAGUGAUCUCAAGAGUUAUUCUCUCUUAUCCCACCAUCCCCUUUCCUUCAGAGGACCACGCGCGCCGGCCUACGCUAUCAUCAUCUAACUGUGGCCAAAAUUCCAACGCGUAUAAAGAAAUUUGGUGACCCGCCUCUUUGUCACACUAUCGGUCUAUGGAAUGCUCUGCCCGCUCACGUGUUCCCUCCCUCUUACAACCUGGGAUCCUUUAAAAGAGGCGUGAAGAAGCAACAUGCAGGCCGGCAGGGUGAGGAUGGCUGGUGUGGCAGGUAGAAUUGCUGCACCAGCUAUCUUCACGUCUGGACUUCACCGUCACUUAACAUCAGGAAGGGAGGAGUCAUUUGUCGCACCUAUCUAUAAAAAAAAUGUAUUCGGCUCUGUCUUAGAUAAAAAGGCUUAGCCAAUUAAAAUAUUGUGCCAUUUAAUUGCAAGAAAUUGUCUUCCAUUCCAAGAAUGAUAUUAAUAUAAGUGCCUUAUGCCUUCAUAGUUUGAAGAAUCUCCUUAUUGGUAUAUAUUUAUAUGUAGAUCUUUAAUCUUUGUUUGAGAAUAAAGAUUCUUAUAGGGCGACCAAAUAUCGUUUUAUUGUAAUUAAGUUAUGUUUGAAGAUCUGUUAUUUCGAAAAAGACAUUUCAGCUAUCCCUAUUCUGUUUAGGAAACAUUCCAAAAAAAAUAUAGUUUACUCGAAUAUUUUUACUUAUAUUUUUUAUUACAAAAGUUUAAUUAAUGCAUUGUUAAAGAUUGCAAGAAAUCUAUGUUACUAUCCCACAAUAUUGCGUGUGCACGUCAAUAAAGACUUUUGUUAUGUAUUGGUAUCUAUGUAUGCCACCUACGGGCAAAAAAUAAAUUGUUUGCUCUCUUUGAAAUAAACUUAUUUUUUAUAUUUUUAAAAUGCAGUUUUAUUUGCAAGUAAUCAAGAUGCUAUUCCGUUCUCGGCAGCAGGCUGCAGAUGCAGG